UUUCUCUCUCUUGUCUGUGAUCAUACUUCAGAGAGAGAGAGAGAGAGAGAGAGAGAGUGGGGGUGGUAUCUCGUGGGAAAAGAUUGAUUGGCUCCUGAAAACAGAAGCAAAGAAGCAAAUGAGUUUUGAUGAGUCAGUGAGAGAGAACCCAGAAACCGCCAUUAAACAACUCUUCCAAGACGCAUUUCUCAAAAUAUAAUUUUUUUUUUCUUUUGGACCUCAACCGCACAUGGGUUCUUCUCUUCUAGAGGUCUGGUCUCCCCAGAUUUGUUAUUCCCUUUUUCUUCAUUAGCUUCACAGUUCACAGUUCACAUGCUCCUCUCUCAUAUCCCCCCUCCCCCUUUUUUUUCUCAUUCCUUUGUUUCUCUGCAAUUGAAGGAUUCUUUGGCUGGCUUUGAUUGAUUAGUCCAAGAGAUAUCUGUUGCUGCAUUGAGAGAGAGAGAGAGAGAGAGAGAGAGAGAGAGAGAGAGAGAGAGAGAGAGAGAGAGAAAUCAAUCAGAUUAUCUGGACCUGAAUGUCUCAGAGAUAUAUAUAACUGAGAGCAGAGCAGUCAGCUUUCUGGUUUCGUUGACUGAUUUGGAUCUGGAGAUUUUCUAACCUGGUGCUGGACUUCAGACAGUGAAAAGGACAUCAAACACAAUCUCAUUCUUUCAUAAUUCACUCCUCUGGUGGAACUGACAUGAUAGGAAAGUGUGUAACUGAACUGAUUGUAGAUGGCAGUGCUGGAACCAUGUGUUCUGUAGCUUCUCAGAUGUCAAGUUUACAUUGUAGAUUCGAGCAUUUGAUUUGAUAUUUGAGUUCUUUGCAUGGAAUGCGAGAUGGGAACUGAUCCUGAUGACAUGGACAUGGACAUGGAUGUAGAAGUCCUUUCUUCGAUGUGGCCUGAAGAUCUUGGAAGUAAAGUUGGAAAGCAGUUCAAUAUGGAAAAGCCUGGAGGGGAUCUGUUGGAGGAGGUUAACUUAAUAGAGGAACCUUCGAUAGUUGAUUUCAAGCGCCUCCUGGAGUUAACCAAUUAUAGUGAGAAAGGUUCCAGUCAGUUGUCAUACCUUGUGAAGCACUGGGAGUAUAAGCAGGCUAAUGCUGUCCGCCUUCUCAAUGAAGAGCUGGAUAUCCUAAACAAGCAGAGGCAGGAAGUUGAGCUCAAGAAAUUAGAAAUUCUUGAGGAUAUUCACUAUGGAGAAGAUAAGUAUUCCGGUGACAAGCGUUCAAUUUCCAUUAUGGAUAGAGUUUAUGAUAUAUGGGAAGAUUUACCCAGGAGAAAAAAUAAUAUUAUUGUUCAAAAUAAAAGCCUUGAAAUUGAUGCUGAGUUUGACACUUGUAAGUACUGGAAGCAGCGGGCCUUGCAACUAGAGAAACUGCUAGAGGCAAGUGUCCAGAGGGAACAGACGCUCAUGCAGAAGUUGCAGGAGAGCAUAAAAAAUCUUCAAAGGGAAUCCUCACCUGUUGAAGAACUGUCUCAGAUUUUGAAAAGAGCGGAUAAUUUCUUACAUUUUAUUCUCCAGACUGCACCAGUUGUCAUUGGCCAUCAGGACAAAGACAUGCGGUAUCGGUUCAUCUAUAAUCAUUUUCCAAGUUUAGAAGAGCAGGACAUCAUUGGGAAAACGGAUUUGGAGAUAUUUUCUGGAGUUGGUGUUAAGGAAGCUCAGGAUUUCAAGAGAGAAGUAUUGGAACGUGGAGUACCUGCAAAGCGGGAAUUUACAUUUGAUACAGAAUUAUUUGGUGAAAAGACAUUUUUGAUGUAUGUGGAACCUGUAUUCAGCAAGGCAGGAGAAACAAUUGGUGUGAAUUAUAUGGGAAUGGAUCUCACUGAUCAGGUGAUAAAAAGAGAAAAAAUGGCAAAAAUUCGAGAAGAGAUAGCUGUUCAAAAAGCGAAAGAAACAGAACUCAAUAAAACAAUCCAUAUUACAGAGGAAACAAUGAGAGCAAAGCAAAUGCUAGCAACAAUGUCUCAUGAGAUAAGAUCUCCCCUCUCUGGGGUUGUUAGCAUGGCCGAGAUUCUUACCACUACAAAGCUAGAUCACGAGCAAAGACAGUUACUGGAUGUCAUGAUUUCAUCUGGGGAUUUGGUCUUGCAACUUAUUAAUGACAUACUUGACCUUUCCAAGGUUGAAUCAGGUGCGAUGAAGUUAGAAGCUACAAAGUUCCGGCCAAGGGAGGUGGUAAAACAUGUACUCCAGACUGCAGCAGCAUCAUUGCAAAAGAUGUUGACCUUGGAAGGAAAUGUAGCGGAUGAUGUUCCUGUGGAAGUCAUUGGUGAUGUUUUGAGGAUUCGGCAAAUUCUCACUAAUUUGGUCAGCAAUGCAAUCAAGUUCACCCAUGAAGGGAAGGUUGGAAUAAACCUUUAUGUUAUACCAAACCCAUGUUUAGGCAAUGGAGAAGGAAACCAGCAAAAGCUCAAGGCGGAUCAGUCUGCAGUUUCAGCAAACAGACCAAAAGAAGAGGAACCUUCUUUUCCUUACCCUUCUUCACCAUCUAAAAGCAUCUGCAAUGAGAAAAGUUCACACUGUCAGGAACAUGGGGAAGGUCUUGACCAAACUGGUACCUUCAAUGAUGGGCCCAAUACUAUGUUUAUGAAAUCUGUCCCCACAGAUUGGGAUGUACAGAAUCAACCUCACUUGCAAGAGACAACAGUAUGGAUACGAUGCGAUGUGCAUGACACAGGGAUUGGAAUACCAGAAAAAGCAUUACCUACUCUAUUCAAAAAAUACAUGCAAGUCAGUGCAGACCAUGCUCGAAAGUACGGUGGUACAGGACUUGGCCUUGCAAUCUGCAAACAACUGGUGGAGCUGAUGGGUGGUCAACUUAGUGUCACCAGCCAAGAGCACCAUGGCUCUACAUUUACAUUUGUACUACCUUACAAGGUUUCACUGAAGCAGGAGCAUCCGGGAGAUGUAGAUGAAGUGUCAGAUAUGGAUGAUCAUGAAGUUGUUUCUGACGGAAACAAUGAUGAGAUGAAUUCUGGAUUUUUCGUCUUUCAACCACGCACAUUGGGCUCUCUUUUUUCAUCUACUGGUUCUAAAAGAGCUCAAAAAUGUUCGCUGAUUAAUUUUUUGUCAGAGGAUUCUUACUCAUUCCCUUCUGAUAAUGGGACAUCAAGAGAAACAGCUUCACUUGAGGAUGCUCGUUCGAUGGCUGAUGCUGCAGAGACAUUCUGUAGUCCUGAAAGUUCAUCAAGGCAGGACCUGGAACCUGAUUACAGAAAAGCUAAUUGUAAAGGGAAGAAAAACCAAGCUGAUGCAAAAGGCCAAUUUCAGAGUUCUGGAAUGGUUUCCCCGUGUUUUGCAAAGACAUGCAAAGAAGUAAGUGAAACUGAAGCAGCAAGCAAGUUGAAAGAUACAUCUAGGAGGCAGGAUCAUGAGAAAUCUGACAGAAGCUUUCAGAGUAUAAACAGCUAUAGUGAAGAACCACCCGGAUCCACAAGGAAACCCAAAAUCCUUCUUGUGGAAGAUAACAAAAUUAAUGUAAUGGUCACACGGUCAAUGAUGAAGCAGUUAGGUCAUAGUUUAGAUGUUGUGAAUAAUGGAGUAGAAGCAGUUCAUGCAGUUCAAUGUCACAGAUAUGAUCUCAUUUUGAUGGACGUCUGCAUGCCAGUAAUGGAUGGUCUUCAAACCACAAGGUUGAUUCGCUCAUUUGAGGAAACUGGCAAUUGGGAUGCUGCUGCACAGGCUGGGAUUGAGAAACCUGUUCCCUCUUCGGAUUCAUUGUUACAUGGACCAGGUGCGGUGACAUUUCCAAGGAGGAUCCCCAUCAUUGCGAUGACAGCAAAUGCUUUGGCGGAGAGCUCAGAAGAGUGCCUUGCAAAUGGUAUGGACUCAUUUGUAUCCAAGCCUGUCACCUUUCAAAAGUUGAAAGAAUGUCUUCAACAAUAUUUACAUUCUUAAAUCCUGUAAAUAUAAAUCAUGUGCAAAAAAAAAAAAAAAAAGGUGAAUGUAGUCUAGGAAGGUUUUGUAAUCAGUGUAUUAUGCCCCUUUUUCUGCCAAUUAGUAUCUUCUCUUAAAUAGUUCUAGUCAUUAUUCUAUUCUUUCUGGGAGCUGCCUCAUCUCUUAUGGUUUUCUGGAAAACUUCCAAUCUCAAAGAAAUGCAAGAAUAACAGGCAAGUGACUAUGAAACUAAAUUGGCAAUUGGUAAAUUAUACUGAGGCAAAAGCUAUCAUCAAUUGCCUAUAUCACAGACCAGUCCCUUUGAUGAGGCCAACUAUCUUGCCAUUUGAUUGCUAGUUGCUUCACUUUCUUGUGCUUUCACACACUUUCUUUAGUGGUAAAAAUCAAUCUCUAACAUUAUUAGUAAGCUUGCCUUUAGUGUUUCAAUUCACCACAUUUGGUGGAAAAGAAAUAAGAGACGAUGGACCUUCGAGUCAUGUACUAUAGAACAAAUUUCGGAAGCCAUUUCUUUUGACAUUAGAAACAAAUUUCUUCCAAACCAUUCGGCGAUCCCAAAUACAUUAAGAAAUAGGCAUCAUACUUUAAAUUGGUACCUACUUCUAAUUUCUCCCUCCCCCAUGUUUUUUUAUGUAUCAAUCAUUUAUUUAUGUUUCUUCCCUCCCCUGGCUUUUUGUGUAUCAUCUUUUUAGUGAUAUUUGCCUCCAUUGUAGCUUUUGGACUUCGGCUUUGUACUCUGUUUUUUCAUUUAAUUAAAUUUUCAUUCA